CGUUCUGGGCUGCUGGGAGGAGGACCACGAAACGUACGAGCACCGCAAGCCCGUUCCGCUGUCAAGCAAGAAAGGACGCAUGAUGCGCGCGAUACCGUGCCUGAUGGUGUCGGACAUUGCGUCCGCACUGCCGUUCUACAAGGAGAUCCUCGGCUUCGUCAACGUGUCCAAGCCGGACAAGUCGCUUGCGAACAUCUGCCGCACGCCGUCCGGAAAGCCGAUGCUCCAGGGCGCAGAGGAAGGCGUGCAGCUCUACCUGCGCACGCCAUACCCGCCGCCACAGCCACAGGACCCGCCGUUCCCACCAAUGAGCGUGCACGUCGAGGUGGCCAAUGUUGACGACAUGUUCGAUGAGAUCUACUACCGCGCCCAGCGCACGCACCCGUCUGAGGACGAUUACUUCCCUGCGUUCCAGUUCGGCAAGGCGCGCAUACAUGGACGACCGCAGAACACGUCCUUUGGUACUCGCGAGAUCCGUAUCAAUGAUGCGGAUGCCAAUCUGCUCGUUUUCUUCCAAGAUAUCAGGGCUGCGCCGCAGGCAAGCAACUCCAACAUUGUCCGAGGGCCAGUAGAAAGAAAGGUCAAGAGACGGUAGCGUCUGCCCUCUCUAUAACUCCAAACAUCGAUUCGCUGUCGCACGGAUCAUUCUCUCCCUUGAUGACACUCGAGUCUACUUUCCAAAGCGUCCAUCACCACCACCGCCAUCACCACUUAUUCGACAUACAUAUAGCUCGGCAUUCAACUCCGUCUUGCGAGGGAGCGCGUGUCUCGUCCCUUUCUGACAUUGCGACUAUCCUCAUUACGACGUGUAGCCAGCCAUCCACGUGGCCAUGCACAUUCACAAAGUCAUGGGGCUACUCGACAGUUUCCUCCGUCGGCACGGGGGGGGCUUGCAUUUCCAUUUUACAUAUCAGAGAGAACAGGUUUCAUCCUACUUCUGUGGCCUCUGUCUGUUGUAAACACUCUUGUU